UAUUAUUAAUUUUUUUUCUUUAAGUAAACUAUUAAACUAAAUCCUACUCUGUAAUUAUUGUACUUAUUAUUGUUAUUUAACUACAAAUAAAUUAAAACUAUUUGGUGACAAAAUAUAAAGAAAACGUUCAAUCCGAUCAGUUUGACGGUGACCACUUAUUUUCCAGCUAUCCAACUGUCGACAGAAAUAUGUCGCAGGAAUACUACAACCUGAGAUUUGUGGUGACAACUCCAACCCUAGCAGUGACCGAGUACAAUUGUCAGAAAGAACCCUGCGAUCAGAUUGGAUUUCUAAUUGGUGAAAAGAAUGUAAAAGUAUCAAAUGUUAUAACGGACGAAUCGCUGAAUAACACAAUCACAGAAGAAACAAUAUGUGUUCACGCGUCGUAUCCUUUACCAGAUUUUUAUGAACUAUUGUGUGUCAAUCCCAUGACCAUUGACUUUAAAAAACUAAAAAACUUUUUACAAAAAUGUCCAGAAAACUUUGAGAAAUCUGUUAUCGGCUGGUAUAGGUUUAGACGAAACGCAGUGUUGACUCCGAGUAUAGCCGACGAGCGAUUCCAUAUACAACUUAGUAGUUUUUUCGACAAACUUUGUGUGACAAGUAGUAAAUUCUUGCUCUGUAUGCUCAACCACGAUUUCACCGGAUCCGUAGACCACAAAUUCAAUCACGUAUUUUUCAGAAAUUCUUUAGGCAAAUGUUUAACGCCCAUCAAAGUGGAUAUCGUCAACUUAAGCACCAAACCGUUCAUCGAAAACGACAAUCUCGGAUACAAAACCAAUAUAAACUUAAUUAGCAAUUGCAAGUCGUACACAAACACGUUAAAUAAAGUUUUCGGACCAAGGAAUGAUCACUGUUCAAAAACGACUGUGUACAAUAUGCGAACUGCUCUGAUCGAAGAAAUGGACAAAAUGGUCAAACGAAUAGUGGCCAACGAACUGGAAGCGAUUAAACUGAGCAAAAGUAUAGAAACCAAAAAACGGGAACUUGAAAAGAAAAAGAACGCCAGCUCCAAUGCCUAACCUGCCGAUGAAUUUGUUUUCGUUUUAUUUACGUUCAUUAUUGCGUAGUACGCGUAUCUCAAAAAAAAAUGACUAUUAUAUUUGAUAUUUGUACAUUUUGUUUAAUCUACCAAUAAUUGCCUCUCAUUUCACGUUUAGUGGAUUAUUUUGAUAAUAUUGUCAUGUAUUAUUGUUAAAA